ACCAAUAGGAUCUCUGAAACGGGGAGACUGUCACACAACGUUGUCGCCUAGAUGUAAACAAUGUGUUGACGUACAGUGUAAUUACUGUGUAGUGUUUGUAACAGUAACUUUUAAAUGUAGUUGGAGUGUGCUUGUCAGGUGUGUGAGAAGCUAACGAUGAUAGACGUUACAGCAAAAUUAGUGAGAGGGCCUGUUUACUUGGCUGGAGAAGCCGUGGAAUGUUACAUUACUUUUUCAAGCCCCCUGCCAGCGUCACAUGUAAGAUCUCAAAGCAACAGUGAUGUAUUUGAGAGCUUGGCAUGGGCAAGUGCCCAAAUACACUGCCAGUGCACUACAAACAACAAAGUUGCAUAUCCAGAAAGCAGCUCUGUUACACCUGAAGAGCUGUCAACAGCUAAUGCUGUAGAUGGGUUGUUUCCAGCCACCUCGUUUGCACCAUGCCGGGGAGAGACAGGUCACAUAGUUCUUUCUACAAAACCAAAAAUUUUGUUCUGUGACCUGCGCCUUGCAUCUGGAGAAAGCAAAUCUUAUUUAUACAGUGAAGUCCUACCUAAUGAAGCACCACCUUCAUAUCGUGGACAAGCUGUGAAAUACUCUUAUAAAAUAACUAUUGGAAUGCAGAGGGUAAACAGCCCUAUAAAACUACUGAGAGUUCCUCUUCGAGUUUUGGUAGUUAAUGGUCUUCCUGAAAGUGGGGCUUGUGGUGAUAGUGAGGAUUUGAGUCCAAGUAACCCAUUUCUAGAGACACAACGAAGAGAUACACCUUUAACUCUUGCAAUGCAAGUUCUUCAGAAUGUCACAGCAAGGAGAAGUCCAAAUUUUUAUAAUAUUACAAAUGCAAAAGGAAAAGUGGUUAGAUUCUGCUUGUUCAAGCAAGCUUACAAACUUGGUGAAGAUAUUGUUGGCACCUUCGAUUUCACAGAUUCAACUGUGCCAUGUGUUCAGUUUUCAGUGAUGCUACAGAGUGAAGAAGAGAUUGCUCCAUCAUGUAGACGAAUGGUCAGAUAUGGUCCUGCUGUUGUAUCAUACAAUAAAUAUCAUGAAAUGUGUUUGAGUUUGAAAUGUUCACAAAUGAUUCUACCCAUUCCACUACAUAUCACGCCCGCAUUUUCCACUGAAUUAGUGUCACUUCGAUGGAGGUUACACUUUGAGUUCGUGACGUGCCCUUCCUGUGACAACAGUCUUGUCACUGGAAAGAAUCUCACAGAUCGUAAUGUAUGGCAGGGCCCUGCAUCAUUGGACAUAGAGACAAUGGUGUGGAACCUGCCAAUUAAAAUAUAUCCCACAACACCACUACAAGUAUCUCAAGGACUUCAGGCACAAGCCAAGCACAGCAUAAUUAUCUGAAGCAGACUUGUUUGCAGAUUUAUAAGAGGUUGUUGUUUCACAAGGUACUUUGUUUGGUAAAACACUGGUAAAGUGAAUGUUGCAGUGUUGCAUAUGGUGUUGUAGCCUCCUGCAUAUAACUUAAAAUUUUUACUGG